AGGAGAUCUCUGAGUAUUGGAUUACCGCGCUUCUUCUUAUUUGGUGUUUGGGUAUUUGGGGUGCUCUAUGGGAUUAUUGCAUACUCAUCCGGAUUUCGUAGCAGGAUUGUAGCCUCCUUGUUCUGAUUCUAUUGAAUGAAUCAUUGGAAUUCUACACCGGGAUCUACAGUCUGCUGGGCUGUUCCUGCAGGUGCUGAAUCCUCCAGCAGCAGCAGCAGCCGUAAGAAAGUGGAGCUGCGCCUUAGGAGCUGUCCAGCGCUACUUCAGCACCCCAGGUCACUGUGAGCAUUUCUUCACACCAUGGGCUGUUGUACUGGGCGAUGCACGCUGAUUUUCCUCUGCUCUUUACAGAUGUUGGCAGCAUUGGAAAGACAAAUAUUUGAUUUUCUUGGCUACCAGUGGGCACCAAUCCUUGGGAAUUUUCUUCAUAUAAUUGUUGUGAUAUUAGGACUAUUUGGCACAAUACAAUAUAGACCACGAUACAUUGUAGUUUACACAAUUUGGACAGCAUUCUGGGUGGCAUGGAAUGUUUUCAUAAUCUGUUUUUAUUUGGAAUUGGGAGGACUCUCAAAGGAUACAGAUCUCAUGACAUUUAACAUCUCCAUCCAUCGUUCAUGGUGGAGAGAACAUGGACCGGGUUGCGUACGGAAAGUUGUGCCACCUCCAGCAAGCAGGACCCUUGGAGACCACUCAUUUAUCUCAGUGACAAAUUGUAUGAUUGAGUUUCAGUACUUGGAAGUCAUCCACAGUGCUGUCCAAAUACUGCUUUCACUCGUUGGUUUUGUGUAUGCCUGUUAUGUGAUCAGUGUUUUCACAGAUGAAGAGGACAUCUGUCGACAUAAAUGAAGCUGGUAGUGCUACAAAGAACUUCAGUGGCGUUUUUGAACUCUGGAAAAAAACAUCUCAUGGAAGAGAUCACAUUUUUUCAACGAUUACAACCUGAUUCAGCAGCAUAUUUUGCAGGAGACACUAUUUAAAAUCACAACUCCCUAUUUCAUUUACUGGAUGGAGCUUUUUUCAGUAUUGAAUUUAAUUGGACACUGAAACUGUACACUUUUUGAAUUGUUCUUUUUUAUAAUGUGCAGCAUGAAACCAAUGGAUAUGUGUAAGGGUUUUCUUGGUACAGAAGUUGGGCAUUUUUUUUUCUUCUUCACAAACUUAGAUAUAAUGUGAAACAAAAUGUGUAUUAUUCACACAAUUGCUGUUAAUGUAACGGAAGGUGAUUGCUUCCAGAAUGUAUAAAAAUAACCAAUAGUUAAAAAUGUGGAACAGUAAAAAUAUACAGAACUAUAAAUACAAAUAACAAGAAACUGGUGCUGUUAUCCAUUCUUUACAUGGAUUUACAUGUGUUCUUAAUUAUGAUAUUUAGUAUCUGUGGUAUAUAAAUAGUUUUCGUAAUUAAAUAUUUAAAAAGUCAUUUUUUUUAUUAUUACUAUUAUUAUUUUGUUUUGUGUUUCCCACCUCAAAUUCAAAUAAACAUUUUCAAUAGA